AUGAGGAUAGAGGUAAUGAUAAAAGGAAACUCGAAAGAGAUCUGCAUACCUCUCAUCAAGGAGACAACUCUGGAAGACAUUAGAGAGCUAUCUGAAGUGGAAGUGUACGAUAUAAGCUCUGGGCUGAAUGCAUAUGCGAUUCUAAAGAACUCUACCGUGUGCUUAGAGUACAGCAGCAAGCUCUAUGAGAUGUACAUAGCCAUAUUCCUCAAAAUGCUAGAUGACACAGCCACAUCGAAGGAAAUUAUGUCGGACAUGGGCGGUAUGGAACCUUAUAGUCUUCUUGAAGUAGGGCUUAUUAAUGCAUUUAUUGAGGCUCUGAUAUGGAGGGUAGAGCAGGGAGAAGUCGUGGGCAGAUAUGAGGCGUUUGUCGAGGACCUGUGUAGGAAGAUGAGCAGCAACCUUCUUUGUGAAAUAGUCUCCUGGAAGCAAGAGGAGGACAUUAUGAACACAAAGUUUGACUACUUGCUUCUGUCGUUGAGACUCAUCGUAAUGAUGGUGGAGUACAAAACCAAGGAGGAAGGCGAAAUAGAGAAGAAGAGUACGUUCGCAUUUGCUAAGGAGUACUUUUACAAAGCAUUUGCACUUCUUGGCGAGACGAAGGAUUUAGAGGACGACAUGGCCUUUGUAUUUAGAGCAUCUCUGACGAUUGAUGCCCUGGUAACAAGACAGGUGGCCGGUAGGAUUAGCGAGGUGUUCCCGAUUGUUGAGGACCUUCCCAUUUCGAAGAAAAACAUGUUCGGGAUAUAUAUCCAGAUGGCAGAGGUGUGCAUGAGUGAAGAUGGUGCAUUGAAUGACCUGCUGUACUCUGUGUUCACAACCAGCUGCCUUGUUUCCCUGGACACAGGAUAUGGAAACGAGUUUGUUGAGGUUUUAAUAGCAAUGGUUGAGCAGGAUGGGGGAAGUGGAGGUAAGAGGAUCGGCAAUGUGAUGGAGACAUUCAGGAUGAUUUUUCACAGCCUCCAGGACUCUGAGUCAAGAGGCAGAGAGAGACUAAUCUGGAACUUCUUAAGCUUUCUGUCGAGGAUUAGGAUGGGCAGGGACAUGGGAGACCUCAACAGCAUCUUCUUGAAAUUCAUCGUGAAGUAUCCCGAGACCAUCGAGCUGUACUCUAACUUCAUUCUCAUCAACAAGAUCGACUUUCCUCUCCACACUCUUCACGGAAUCUCCAGCUUCGGGUUUAUGAAGAGAUUCUACUCUGUUCUGUUCAAUAAGGUUCGGAAGGAGAGGCACGACAAAGCCCACGUGGACAAGCUCAUUUCCGAAUUCCUCAAGUUUUUCCUGGCCACUAAGAACAAGGAGCUCAUUGGAAUCCUUCCUCUUGUUCCAUACAUUCCGUCGAAGCGCGAGGUCCUCUAUGUUCUGUACGAAAUAUACUCCUUUCUCUUUGAAAAGGAGGUGAUUGAACAUGUGGGGCUAUUCCUUCUUAAGACACCGGCGCUGGUUGGGAUAUCCUCGAGCAUCUACUACAACGUCCGAUACUUGCGGCACUUGGCAACAAGGCUAAGUCUUGUAGACGUUGAGCCACGGAUGGUCGUGUUUCUUGGCAUUGUGUAUUACUGUGAAUCGAAGAAAUUGUACAACUUCAACUACACGGGGAUACUGGAGUACAUACAGGACGAAGAUGGCAUAAGGAUGUCCAGGGAUGGGCUGGUUGGUGUAAUAGAGCUGAUACACAGUGGCUAUAUAAGCAGAUCCCACGAGUUCACGCUUUCAUAUGUUAAUUCUCUUCUGACCAUUGCGCUCAAGCCGAAGACAAUAGAAACAACGCUAGUUAUCAUUGAGAUUAUCCUAAGAAGGAUUCUUGAGAAGGAAGAGAAAAUAAUAUUCAUGAAGGGAAUUCACCAGAGGUUCCAGGAGCUUUUUGUGCUCCUCAGCAGCAAAAGGUUUCUGAGUGACGAAGUUUCUGAUUCGUAUCGGAGGCUAUACAGGAGCAUAGUGGAGAGGAUCAAGUGUGCACCGAACUUCUAUAACUAUGUUGUUCUCUGCCUGGCAGACAUCUCCUUUUUUGAUGGGGAGUUUCCAAGAGGGCACUUCAAGUCAUUCAACGACCUGUACAACCAUACGCUAUCCAGAAUGGGAGUGGUGGAGGGGUUUCCGGAUAUCUUCAUGGUUGAUCACGGGUGGAGCUGCUCCGAAAACACUGACAAGGCUGUUUCUGGGCCAUUCCUGCACAGGGUAUGUGGCAGCGGAAAAGAAGAGGAGACAAAGCCCAGAGAGACCAAAUCACAUAACAUGUACGACAUUAUUCGCACAGGUACUAACGACAGCGUAAUGAGCCUGGAGAGCUCUACGGGAAGCAUCUCGCUGCACAGCUCAGCACCCAUGCCGUCGAUCUCUCGCAAGGCGUGGUUGGAGAUGCUGGACGAAGGCAUCAGAAAGAGGGAGAAGUCUGUUUCGUGGCUUAUCGAUGUGAUAUAUACAAGAAGAAGUCAGAGCUCGACGAUAAGGACGGUCCUGGACCUUCUAAAACUAAGACUCAGAAACAAGUUUGAGUAUGAGGACCUUUACAUCCUUCUGAAAGCCUAUAAUAUCCUGUCUAUCAGAGAAAACGAUUCCGAGGAAUUUUUGAAGCAUGCACUCCACAGAGGGCUGGACUUCAAAACCGACCCUGCCAUAUGCUACAAGUUGUCCAUGGAAACAAACGGAUUCUACAGAUUCUUUUUUAGGGCGCUCCACCUAGCAGUCUCCAACCUCCCUUGCAAUGAGGAUCUUUCGUUUCCAGAAAGAACCCAACUGGUUUCCAGGUUUGACACUGCCGACCUUGUGCAUAUACAAAACACAUUCAAGCAGAAGAUGGUACAAAAGCUGCUUGAAAGAUCCCGGAGCCCAUCCUACAGAACCUACUUCUUCAACGUGGACUCCCUGGGGGUUAUCGACAGCCUUACAAUAAUCAGAAGAUUGGACGACCCGAGCCUUGUGUCUAGAGCCUUUGAGAGACUCAGGGAGUCCAAGAACGAGAUGCUUUUCUAUGUCCCACAGCUUGUUCAGAUGCUGAGAUACAAGAAGGUGUUUGAGAUGGCGUUCUCUACACUGAAGGAACUGGCAAAGGACGAAUAUGUCGCCCACCAGCUGAUCUGGAACCUGAAGGCAAACCUGUAUGUUGACGGCAGGGCAGCCGUGAACAACUACCACGGCACGUUUGUGCGGUGUAUAGAGGAGAUUAUGAAGGAGAUGCCGGACGGGAGCAGAGACAUAUUUCUUAAAGAGGAGGAGUUCAUCAGCAGCCUUACCAAGAUUUCUUCCGAACUUACUCCGCACCUCAGAUCGUCGAAGGACGAGAAGAGAAGGCGGAUCAAUGAGUACCUCUCUAGAAUCAAGCUGCAUCCGGGGAUUUAUAUUCCGUUCUACCCCGAUCUCAAGAUUAUCGAAAUUGUGAAUGGAUCUGCAAGAGCCCUUCAGAGUCAUUCUAAGGUUCCCUUUAUGGCGUCUUUUAGAGUCCAGGAUCCAGGGGGGCAAAUAAGUAUUAAGCAGCUAAUAUUCAAGUCUGGAGAUGACUGCAGACAGGACAUGCUAGCUCUCCAGAUCAUCUCGAUGUUUGAAUCGAUAUUCAAGCAGGCGAAUCUCGACAUAUUUCUAUAUCCGUACAAGGUCAUGGCCACAUCUUCGGGAACCGGGAUUAUAGAGGUAAUUCCAAACUCAAAGUCGAGGGACCAGAUAGGAAAGGAGAACAUCAACAACCUGCUGGAGUACUUCGAAUACAAGUUCGGGUUUAAGGAGAGCGAGGGGUACCUCACAGCAAUCUGCAACUUUGCCUCCAGUCUGGCAGGAUACUCCCUGGUUGGAUACUUCCUCAACAUCAAGGACAGACACAAUGGAAACAUAAUGAUAGACGACCAAGGCAGGAUGAUCCACAUCGACUUUGGGUAUAUGCUAGAGAUGUCUCCAGGGAACCUCAACAUAGAAGCGCCACUGAAGCUGACCAAGGAGAUCGAGGAGCUUCUUGGAGGAACAUCUGGAAAGGGCUUUGAGAUCUAUCAGGAGCUGAUGGUCAAAGGGUUUCUGGCACUUCGAAGGCGCAGCAAGGACCUUGUUAUGAUGGUCGACUCGUUUGUUGACAGCGAGCUGCCCUGCUACAGGAGAAAUGCAGUGGAGAACUUCAUCCUGCGAUUCAGAUUUGAGCUGUCCGACAAAAACGCAAGAAGGUUCGUGCUGUCCUUGAUAGCAGAGUCAUCACAGAAGUUUAGAACUUGGAUGUACGACCAGUACCAGAAGAUUACCAAUAACAUUGCCUUUUAA